AUGCAUCAUCAUCAAAAUCUUGGAGAUGCGGCUGCCUUGGCAGGCAUGAUGCCGCCCUACGAAACGAUGGCAAUGUAUGAGCCACCAAAACCACGAUUCAUCUUUAAAAUGCCACGUGUUGUGCCGGAUCAAAAGUCCAAGUUCGAGACGGAUGAACUCUUCCGACGCCUGAGCCGGGAGAGCGAGGUGCGCUACACCGGCUACAGAGAACGGGCUAUAGAUGAGAGACGCAGAAUUUUUAUCACAGAUUGUCGCAAAGGUUAUGCGGAACUCUCGUUUGUUGCCUCGGGCACCAAUCUGCAUCUGUACUUCAAUGCCAAUCGUAAUCCCUAUGCCCAGGAGCAGGAGUGUGACUUUGAGAAGGAGCGCAGCAAAGUUCAUUUGCGCUCCAGCUUCAUUUUGAAUGGCGUCUGUGUGCGUUUCCGUGGUUGGGUGGAUUUGGAGCGCUUGGAUGGCGUCGCCUGCUUGGAGUACGAUGAGGGACGUGCCCAGUUGGAGGAUGCCCAGUUGUGCGAACAAAUUGAGAGCCAUAAUCAACGCAUGGCCGAAUCGAAACGCAUCUAUGCGCAUACGCCUCCACAGGAUGCAGUGCGUCGAACUGGACCAGCACAUGGACCAGGAAUGGGAAUGGGAACGGGUUCAGCUGCGGGACCGCCAAUGGGCUGGUGA